CCCGCGGUUCGGAGAGCAGCUGCGACAGACUCGCUCCUCCAGGGGGGAACUCAACUUGCCAAGACAGAAUGUUCCAGAAUCCUUGAAGAGAUUCCAGUGACCUUGGAUCUCCCAAGAUCUGCUGUGUUGCUGUGUGCUUUCUUGGUGCUAUGGAUCUUUUCAUCACAUCUAAAGUACUGCUGCUCUUUGCAUACCUGCGUGUCUCAUUCAGCCUGCCUGACUGUUCGGGUGUGGACUGCCCCCUGCUGGAGAACUGUAUCGAGGAAGUCUUGGAACGUGGCUCCUGUUGUCCUUCUUGCUUGCAGCAAGGAUGCAUGUGUGAGGGUUACCAGUACUAUGACUGCAUCAGUGCUGGGUUUAAGAAUGGGAAAGUGCCCGAGGGGGAUUCUUACUUCGUUGACUAUGGCAGCACCGAGUGCUCCUGCCCGAGGGGAGGAGGGCGCAUCAGCUGCAGCUUCAUCAGCUGCCCUGAAAUGCCUCCAAACUGCAUUGAGGUGUCAGAGCCGCUGGAUGGCUGCAUGCAGUGCGAGCGUGUAGGCUGUGUUCAAGGCACGCACAAGUAUGUUGCUGGACACUCUUUCAAGGUGGAGCCUUGUCGGGUCUGCCAUUGUCCCUCUGAAGGGGGGAAGCUGAUGUGCUACACCAUCUCAGACUGUGAGCCCGGUAAACACCAUAAACAAAUGUCGACGACGGCUGAAGAUGAGGUCACAGCUAGAGGGCAGCAGCUUGAACGCUUCCGUGUCCGCGAUCGCCUGUCUCCUGAUGGAAAGCUGUCUCUCUUCACAUCAAUACUCCCAGAGAAGGAGCAGCCUGAAGAUUAUGAAUAUGGGCUUACAGACUCCCCUGAGACCUACCCUGGACCUGAGGCCUUCCUUGUGGAGGGUACUUCCAGAGAGGGCUCAGAGAGCAAAGCCCCAAACUCUAACAGAGGAGGAAAGCUUGAACUGAAAGAGAAAUACGCAUCACAGGACAGAGAAGAAGUGGUGGCAAGUCCUUUGACUCACAGCACUGUUAGCCCAGCAAGCCUUGAUGAUGGCUUGGAUUCUUGGAAAGGUAUUGCAGAUUUAAAUGUUGUGACUGAAAGUCAUGCGGAAACAGCACGGAGAAGUUCUGAUAAAGUCAUAGUUCCAAUGGAAACAGCAGAGGAUCUUCUUCAUCAGCACGGUGAAGUUCAAAUAAAUCGCGGCGGUGACAGUUUAACAACGAAGGCUGCUGACGGUGCGAUAAACGUGACUCCUUCACCGAGAGCGUCUGAAACUGAUCAAGAAACUGAAUCUUACGGAGAAGCGUUUUCUCUGGCAACUGUGAGCAGCACAGAGAGUCUCAGUUUCUCCCAAACAGGAACAACUGAUUGGAUGCCCUUGGAGACAAGCGAGGUUAAUGAAGAAGAGCGACUUAAAGGGAGCGAAGCACCUCUUGCAGGCCACACUCUGGGGAACUAUACAACUGAUUCAACCACCGCUGGACAGGGACUUGGUUUUACUACUGAGCCUCUUGUCGUGAAAAAAGAAAGUCAAACCAUCAGUCAUGACAUGCAUCAUGAAGGACGAGGCCAGGAGGACAGAGACAGACUCCCAGGACUAAUCCUCAAUUCCAGUCCAGGUCAAACAUCCUCCUCUGAUGACCUGCUGCACAGCUGCUGCUCUGCUGGAGCCAGGUGGGCUGCUGAACACGACCAAUGCAGUCACAUGCCGCAGCAUGACAACGACACGUUCGCAGUAUGCAGUGUGGCACAGAUGCAGUGCUGCCUGAGCUCUCUACAUGAGUCCCGGUGUGAAGCUGGUGUCAUGUCUGCCAGAGGAGGAGAUGCCUGCAACAAGGUGAACGGUCAAGACUGCGCAGGUGAUCCAUACCAGGUGUGCUGCAGCUGCUGUGCUCUGGGCAUGCGUGUGCGCAGCUUGGGACAUGGCUGUGACCCUCACCAGGACCUGGGUUACCCAUGCGGCCAUGUUUUCCUGCAUUGUUGCCAAGAUGCGGAGGGGCAGAGCUUGUUCUCCCUGAGGACCAAGCAGGGAGCCGAACCCACUGCUGUGCCUAGGACAGUUUUUGACUUGCAGUCUUCCAGAGAGGCCUCCUCUGUAAGCACCCGUGCUUAUGCCUCCAAUAAGCUGGAGGAGCAGGAGGAUGUGGAUGAGUGUCGCUCAGGUCAGCUGUGCCAGCACACAUGCACCAACAUCUUUGGCUCCUACUUCUGCGGCUGCAACCAGGGCUUUAUUCUGCAGCAGGAUGGGCACUCAUGUGUGUCGGUGAUUCCUGAGAAGGACAAUGAGAUGAGUCUGGUCCGCCCCGCAGUAUCUGGCACGACUACAGCACCUACUACUACUGUGUCACAGCCAGUCCUGCUAGACCCUUGUGCUGGCAAUGGUGGCUGCAGUCAGCAGUGCAGGACGGAGUCAGGCCGAAGUAGAUGCUCCUGUUUCCCAGGUUUCUCAUUGAUGAGAGACGGACGCACUUGUCAAGAUGUGGACGAGUGCAUGACCAAUACUCACAGUUGUCGGUCCGGUGAGAGCUGUGUCAACAUGGUGGGUUCCUUUGUUUGUGAGUUGCAGGUCAACUGUCCUGCUGGUUACCGACUCAGGAACAGAGUGUGUGAGGACAUCGACGAGUGUGUGCAGGGAACCCACAACUGUGGUGUAGGCUUUGCCUGUGAGAACACAGAAGGGUCGUUCAUGUGUAUUUCAAAGCAAAGGUGUAUCAGUGGGUUCACACGGGACCAGAGUGGAAACUGUGUUGAUAUCGACGAGUGCAGUAGCUCCCCUGAACCCUGUGGCCCAGGCUUCAGCUGCAUUAACACCGUCGGCUCCUUCAAAUGCCAGCAGAAAGUCAUCAUGUGCAGCCACGGCUACCGAGCCAGUGCCGUUGGCGACAAGUGUGUCGAUAUCGACGAGUGUCAGGUGGGAGCUCACCACUGUGGACUCGGGCAGAUCUGUCACAACAUGCCCGGCAGCUACAGGUGCGACUGUCAGACAGGCUACCAGUACGACAGCCUGGGCAAAGUCUGCAAAGACAUCAAUGAGUGCUGGCGCUAUCCUGGUCGUCUCUGUGGGCAGACCUGUGAAAACACUCUGGGCUCCUACCACUGCUCCUGCACGGCUGGGUUCUCGCUGGCCUCCGAUGGGAAGAACUGUGAAGAUGUGAAUGAGUGUGAGAACAACCCGUGUGGCCAGGAGUGUGCCAACAUCUACGGCUCAUAUCAGUGCUAUUGUCGCCAAGGUUACUACCUGAAAGAGAACAGACACACCUGUGAAGAUAUUGACGAGUGCUCGCAGACCACCACAAACCUUUGUGCUUUCCAGUGCAUAAAUGUGGCGGGAAGCUACCAGUGCGCUUGUCCUCCUCACGGCUACGUCCUGUCCGCCAACCGACGCACUUGCAAAGAUAUAGACGAGUGCUCAACUGGCCGCCACAACUGUUCAUCGGGGCAGGUGUGCUACAACCUGCAGGGAAGCUACCGCUGCCUCUCUUUCAACUGCCCCUACAACUACCGCAAGGUCUCGGACAUACGCUGUGAGCGCGUGAGCUGCCCGGGAAACUCUCUGGACUGUCAGAACUCUCCCAUUCACAUCACCUACUACCAGCUCAGCUUCCAGACCAACACCAUUGUCCCCGCUCAGAUCUUCCGGAUAGGCCCGUCUCCAGCCUACUCCGGUGACCACGUGGUCAUCAGCAUCACGCGGGGCAAUGAGGAAGGCUACUUCAGCACCCGCAAGUUAAACACUUUCACUGGAGCCGUUUUCUUGCAGAGACAAGUCCGCCAGCCCUCUGACUUCCUUUUAGAUGUGGAGAUGAAGCUGCUGAGGCAAGGCACUGUCACCCGCUUCCUCACCAAGAUCUACGUCUUCAUCACAGACAGUGCAGCCUAGUGGAGGAGAGGACAGUUCCAUGUGGUGCUCAGAGACAAUACGGAAAUAUCGACGACUUAAUCAGUGUAUAGUGUUUUUGUAUCGUUACAUAUGUAUCAGCAUUCUUAACUGAGAUUCUCCGUGUCAAAAGGUGAUCUUAACUUCAUGGAGAACUGCACCCCUGCACUCAAAGUCCUGGACAUCUUUUACAAGGAGAAUAAACUGACGAAUUAUA